AUGGUGUACAUUCGCCAACAUCACCUCCCCAACCUGCGCAACUACAAAUAUGCCGGUGUCGACCACUCGUUCAUCAGUCGGUACAUCCUCAAGCCAUUCUAUAACAAAUGCGUGAUCGGUCUCUUCCCCAUGGGGAUGGCUCCCAAUGCCAUUACUCUCACCGGAUUCAUGUUCGUGGUAGUUAAUUUCCUCACCGUCAUGUGGUACAACCCCAACCUCGACACGGACUGCCCGCCCUGGGUUUAUGCUAGCUGCUCUCUCGGCCUGUUCCUGUAUCAGACUUUUGAUGCUGUGGACGGCAUGCAGGCGCGGAGAACGAAACAAAGCGGGCCGCUGGGCGAGCUCUUCGAUCACAGCGUCGAUGCGUGCAACACUGGCUUGGGUGUCCUGAUCUUUGCGUCUGCUAUGAACCUCGGCCAGUCAUGGUUGACUUUCCUGAGUCUGUUUGGAUCAACAAUGACUUUCUACGUCCAGACCUGGGAUGAGUACUACACCCAGGUUCUCACUCUGGGAGUCAUCUCCGGCCCCGUCGAGGGCGUUCUGACUCUCUGCUUGGUCUACGCGAUCACCGCCUACAUGGGCGGCGGCAGCUUCUGGCACCAGCCGAUGCUGGAGACCGUCGGCGUGUCCAAGCCCAGCUUCCUUUCCGAGCAGGUGUAUAAGAUGCCUUGGACGCAGUGGUACCUGGUGUACGGCGCGUUUGUGCUCUUCUUCGCCACCGGCUCGAGUAUCAUGAACGUUAUGCAGGUGCGUCGUCAGCGCGGCCAGGAUCCCAUUGCUCCCCUGUAUGGCUUGCUUCCCAUGGUCGCCACCUGGACCUUGGUUCCUGCCUAUCUGUACUUGAACCCGGCCGUUCUGGAGAACUACACGAUUCCCUUCGGUCUGUAUGUCGGUCUGGUCAAUGCCUACGCCGUUGGCCGUAUGAUCGUUGGCCACCUCGUCCAAUCUGGCUUCCCGUACUAUAACAUUCUGUUGGUACCGCUCGCCCUCGGUGUUAUUGACAGCGCUGGUCCUGUUCUCGGUCUCUGGUCGAGUGCCGUGCUCGGCGAUAGCGUCAGGCAGACGAUGUUCGUUUUCGGAUGCCUGGGUAUGGCCGUCGGUGUGUAUGGUAGCUUUGUGUUCGACGUGAUCACGACCAUCUGUGACCACAUCGACAUCUGGUGCUUGACGAUCAAGUACCCGUACGUGGAAGAGACCGAGUACAAGAACGGUUCAGCAGUCAAGACCCAGGUUGAGGGCGCGUCGAAGAAGACUCUCUGA